AUGGACCCACCCGCGCUGUCACCAACGACGUCGCUCGCAGCAGACGACUGCAUGUCCCCACUCGAUGUCACGCCGUCCACGUCACCGGUCGCUGCGCUCGUUGCUCCAUUGCCAGCGCCUCUGUUGCCGCCAAGUUCACCGCCCUUUGCAGCUUUCGCGUCGACUCUUGUACCAUCCAGUCCCGGUCGAAUGAAUCCCGUCAGCGAGCGGCGCUUCUCAUUGGAAAGCCUCGCCAACGGCGACGACAGUGACGACGACGAUCCGUUUGAGCUGGGGGCGCCGCCGGAAGAAUCCCGGAGUCUUGAAACCGCAGCAUCGUCGACCUCGGAGAUGACGGUGGUCGAGGACGAGCGCUGCGAAGUCGAGGCGACCUCUAGCACGCCGUACACAUGCGAGCAGCAGCCGGCCAUGUACCAAGGCUACGAGCGGGUCGCGGCCAAGCUCCAACACCCGCAAAUGGCGUCGACGUUCCAAUGGGCAUCGCUGUUUCCAGACGUCCCGCUCUCCAACGUGGUGGCGCUCAUUCUGUGCCACAAUGCGCUGGAAUCGAUUUCCUUUCAAGACAUGCAGCUGCGGCACUUGCGUGUCCUCGACUUGUCCGCCAACAAGCUGCACAAGCUCACGCCCAUGGAUGUGCAGCCGCUGCGCCAGCUCGAGGUGCUGGACCUGAGCUUCAACGCAUUCCGAACGAUUCACGGCAUUGAGCACCUCACGCAUCUCAAAGCACUCAACUUUGCCGGCAACCACAUCAAGGCGGUCAAGAACCUCGAAUUUCUCGAGCAUCUCGAGAUCUUGAACUUGGCGCAAAACGAAAUUCUGACACCGCAAGCGCUACGCCUCCUCUCUCUCAACAAGCACCUCACGCACUUGAACAUUGAUGACAACCCCGUGGUGAGCCAAGGCAACCACCGUCACCACAGCGCCCACAUCCUCAACAUCAUUCCGACGCUGCGGUCGCUCGGCUGCAUCCACCUCGCC